CGCAAUAUGGAAAGAAGGUCCUAGAACUACAAGACCACGUCCCACUCUACUAUACAUAACCCCCUCCCUCUCUCUCACAGAAACCAUCUUCAGAAACUCUGCUGGAUUUUCUCUCUCAAUUCCUAGCAUUUUCAGUUUCUCUCUGCCAAAUCGAUUUCGUCUUCAAUCUCUCUCAAACACUAGCAUUUUCUGUUUUUCUCUCACUCAAUCGCUUGGCAAUUUCCUUGAUCUGUGUUGUUUUCGAGAAUGGCGGAUGUUCAGAUGGCAGAUGCCGAGACCUUUGCCUUUCAGGCUGAGAUCAAUCAGCUUCUGAGUCUUAUCAUCAAUACAUUCUAUAGCAACAAAGAGAUUUUCCUUCGGGAACUAAUCAGUAAUUCCUCUGAUGCUUUGGACAAGAUCCGAUUCGAGAGCCUGACGGACAAGAGUAAGCUUGAUGCUCAGCCGGAGCUUUUCAUUCGGAUCGUACCUGACAAGAUCAACAAGACUCUCUCUAUUAUUGACAGUGGUAUCGGCAUGACCAAAGCAGACUUGGUGAAUAAUCUGGGAACAAUUGCGAGAUCUGGGACGAAGGAAUUCAUGGAGGCAUUGCAAGCUGGUGCUGAUGUAAGCAUGAUUGGGCAAUUUGGUGUGGGUUUCUACUCUGCAUACCUUGUGGCAGACAAGGUUAUUGUUACCUCGAAGCAUAAUGAUGAUGAACAGUACGUCUGGGAAUCUCAAGCUGGUGGUUCAUUCACAGUCACAAGGGAUGUCAACGGAGAGCAACUUGGUAGAGGGACCAAGAUUACCCUCUUCCUCAAGGAAGACCAGUUGGAGUACUUGGAGGAGAGGAGAAUUAAGGAUCUUGUGAAGAAGCACUCUGAGUUCAUUAGCUACCCAAUCCACCUCUGGACUGAGAAGACAACUGAGAAGGAGAUCAGUGAUGACGAAGAUGAUGAACCAAAGAAGGAAGAGGAGGGUGACAUCGAAGAGGUUGAUGAGGACAAGGAGAAGGACAAGGGCAAGAAGAAGAAAAUCAAGGAGGUUUCUCACGAGUGGCAAGUCAUCAACAAGCAGAAACCCAUCUGGUUGCGCAAGCCGGAGGAGAUUACCAAGGAGGAAUAUGCUUCGUUCUACAAGAGCUUGACAAAUGACUGGGAGGAUCACCUCGCCGUCAAGCACUUCUCUGUUGAGGGUCAGCUUGAGUUCAAGGCCAUCAUCUUUGUUCCUAAGAGGGCACCAUUUGAUCUGUUUGAUACCCGCAAGAAGAUGAAUAACAUAAAGCUCUAUGUGAGGAGGGUGUUUAUCAUGGACAACUGUGAGGAGCUCAUCCCUGAGUACCUUGGAUUUGUCAAGGGUGUUGUCGAUUCUGAUGACUUGCCACUCAACAUCUCUCGUGAGAUGUUACAGCAAAACAAGAUUCUCAAGGUCAUCAGGAAGAAUCUUGUGAAGAAAUGCAUUGAAAUGUUCAAUGAAAUUGCAGAGAACAAGGAGGAUUAUACCAAGUUCUAUGAAGCUUUCUCCAAGAAUUUGAAGUUGGGCAUCCAUGAGGACAGCCAAAACAGAGCAAAAUUGGCUGAUCUCCUCCGAUACCAUUCUACCAAAAGUGGUGAUGAGUUAACUAGCCUGAAGGAUUAUGUGACCAGGAUGAAGGAGGGUCAGAAGGACAUAUACUACAUCACUGGUGAGAGCAAGAAGGCUGUUGAAAACUCUCCCUUCCUGGAGCGGCUGAAGAAGAAGGGUUAUGAAGUUCUCUACAUGGUCGAUGCCAUUGAUGAGUAUGCUGUUGGCCAGUUGAAGGAAUAUGAUGGAAAGAAGCUGGUUUCUGCCACAAAGGAGGGGCUGAAGCUUGAUGAUGAGACCGAGGAAGAGAAGAAGAAGAAGGAAGAGAAGAAGCAGUCUUUCGAGAACCUUUGCAAGACCAUGAAGGACAUUCUUGGUGACAAGGUGGAGAAGGUAGUGGUCUCGGACAGGAUUGUUGACUCUCCUUGCUGUUUGGUGACUGGGGAGUACGGUUGGACUGCAAACAUGGAAAGGAUCAUGAAGGCACAGGCUCUGAGAGACAGUAGCAUGGGCUCCUACAUGUCUAGCAAGAAGACCAUGGAGAUUAACCCUGACAAUGGAAUCAUGGAGGAGCUGCGGAAGAGAGCCGAGGCUGACAAGAACGACAAGUCGGUGAAGGAUCUCGUAAUGCUGCUCUUUGAGACUGCCCUAUUGACUGCUGGAUUCAGUCUUGAUGAUCCCAACACAUUCGCAGCUAGAAUCCACAGGAUGUUGAAAUUGGGUCUGAGUAUUGAUGAAGAUGAAGAUGCUGAUGAGGAUGCUGACAUGCCUGCGCUGGAGGAAGAGGGUAAUGAGGAGAGCAAGAUGGAGGAAGUGGACUGAGGACAUUAACUUCAGUCCUAAAAUGAGAGUGCUGUGAAUAUCUUUUUCUUAAAACUGUUAGUGGAGGUUUCUGGGAGGGAGGUGUGUGUUUUAAGUGUUCGAGUCGUUCUUCUUAUGAGUCUUGUUUCUGGAGUCUGGCAUGUGUCUUGGAGUCACUCACUACAUCACCCAUUUUGUACUACUGCUUAUGAAAUCUAUAUCAAUCUACCUUUCGAAUUACUUGCAGUACUCUGUUUAGUUCUUUUUGUAUUACUGCUUCAAGACUUCUUACAUAUGAUGAUUAGUCUACGAAGUUCAUAGCACGUUAAGCAUCACA